GCAGGAAUGUUCCUUCUUUUCUGUAAGGAUUGAGAGAGUAUUGUAACUAAAACUUAAAUUCUCAAGUACAUCUCUUGAUGACUUCUAGAGUAAGGUUUCUCAAGUACAUCUCUUGAUGACUUCCAGAGCCUUCUCAAGUAUAUCUCUUGAUAACUUUCAAAGUAAGCCUUCUCAAGUACAUUUGUUGAUGACUUUCAAAGUAAGCCUUUUAAGUAGCUUCUAAGAUACAUUUAAAGACAUGACUUUUUCAAUACACUUCAAAUAUAAAUUAUUUUGAAAUAACUAAAUAAUUUUCCUACACCCUAACCCCACUUUGACCCUGAUCCAAGAUUGGACUCCCGGCCUCGACCAGGAACCCAAUUCUAAUCAGUAACCAGCCUCUAAAACCGACCCAAGAGUUGGAUCUCGGGUUGGGAUCGGACUCAGAUAGAAAAGACAUUUUUCUUGAAUUUGAGAAGAAUAAGUUCACUCAGAAAAAUAUUUUUCAAAACAUUAAUUUAACUAACCAAACAUGAAAACAUUGGAGUUCCAACCUACCAAACACCCAUUCUAUACUGUUUUUCAUGAAGUUCAAAUUCUAGUCAAGAGAGACACUACAGCCAGUGACAAUGAAACUCCCCAAUAACUACGUGAGAGACUCUAGUCAAGACCAAACUAACGUGGAACAAUGCACACCCUCUAGUACAAGGACCAUCAGGAAACUUUCCAACUAAAAGAUUCAUUCCACGCGCGAGAGAUCAAGAGUUGGAUCAGAGAAACCAGACUUAUGAAUUUAUUUGUUGCUAUUGCAAUUGGUCUUGGACAAGAACAAAAUGCAUCAUUUGAUGAGUGCACUACUCACAACCAAAAAACUUUUUUCCUCUGCCUCCGUAAAAAAGCGGAAGAAAGAGCAGGAUUGCUAUUUAAAUAAUGGAAGUGCAGUGCUAGAGGAGAUUCUUGCUUUAUGCAACGGAAAUUGCCGAAUUCCCAUCCGUUACUUCACUGCCACUGAGAUAGAAAGGGCGAUCAAGCACUCUGAAAAGAAAAUAGAACUCGACGAAGGCUAUAUGGUUACAGGCUCCCUAGAAAACCACCUCUUUUUAAUUAGGUUCUCUCUCUAUUCCUAUGGCGUGCACCGAGAUAUAGCAAUUACAGCUCAGAUGAGUCAUCUCAAGAAUGUGCUGAGACUUAUUGGUUGCUGUCUAGAAUUUGAAGAACCGGUUAUGGUGUAUGAAUAUAUUGAAGGGAUAUCUCUCGGCGAUCUACUUUUCGAAGAGGGUAAUCAUGAUGAUCAAACUAGAAAAUCACUAUUAUCUUGGGGAAGUAGAUUACGAAUUGCCAAUGAGGUUGCUUCUGCACUCGUCUUUCUCCAUACCGAAUUUACUACACCUAUCAUCCACAGAGAUAUAAAGCCUCACAAAGUGAUAAUAGAUCAGAAUAGCAGCAUUGCCAAAAUAGUGGACUUCUCAUUUUCCAUAUCAUUGCCUUCAGGGGAAUUGGAGGUACAAGAUCGUGUGUGCGGAACAAUCGAGUAUUUAGAUCCAGAAUAUGGCUACUGUGGUAUUAUUACUCAAAAAACUGACGUGUACAGCUUUGGAGUUCUUCUCUUUGAGCUAUUAACUGGAAAGGAAUUGCGUGAUAUUAUGGAAUCCAACGUUGAAGAGGGUAAUGUUAUGGAUAGAGUGGAUUCUGCAAUUUCAGAAGAGACAAUAAAUUUUGAAAAUUUUCUACCUAACCUCAUCGAUCGCUAUAUUAAAGAGGGUAACAUAAUGGACAUAGCAGAUAAUGCCAUUUUAGAAGAGCAUGGAAUUGAGAUCCAACAGCAAUUGCAAGAUUACUUGAAUCUUGUGAAGAAAUGCACAACUUACAACAGAAAAAAUAGACCAUACAUGAUUCAAGUUGCAAAGGAAUUAUGCCGAAUUCACAAGUGCUUCCAUGCCUUCACUCUUGGCCAGAUUUAGCUAUAUAAGAUGGGGAAAAAAAUUAAACAGCACAUCAUUUGCAUGAAAUAAUCAUGGCUUUAUCUGUAGUGGUUUCAAGUUUCAAAGGAAAUAUAGUUUGUUUGCAGAGUCAUAUUAUGUAGGGAUUUGGACGAUAGAAGAGAUCUGUAGAUAAUGAAAUUGUCAAUUUGGCAUACUUAACAGGGAAAAGGUCUUACUAAAUGCUAGUUACAUCGAUCUUUUCAGUGCUUAAUGAAGAAGCCAGGUAUCGAGAUAGGUCAAUUUGAAAUUUAUGGGUUCGUCAUGUUAAAUUUCCUCUCUGUUAUGAUAACAGGGAUAUUCUCAGAUUUUAAUACAGUAUAGUUAAUUUGCCAGCAAGAAGAAACCUUUUUAUUUUUACAUUUAUCAAAACUUGAUGUUGUUACCUUUAUUUUUUCCUUCAGAAGAUAUUUUGUAAGAGGGGUGAAAAAGAAAUUAAAGGAGGGCAAAUAUGGCAAAGAAGCAAGAUGAUUGGAAAGUGGGACCUAAAUCAGUCCAUCUUUCAAAUCAAAGGCCAUUUUUUGUCAUUUUGUGUGGAAAUUGUCAAAGUUCAAAAGAGCAGCAGGAUCCAGGAAGCUCACAACUUCCUUAUCCAUUCAUUCCCACUAGUGUUGCCUUAUUGGAUCUAAUCCAACGAGUAAUGGCCCAUUUAUUGUCAUUAUGUUUUAUUUUAGGCAUAAAAUAAUAUAUAUUUUUUCAAUUGGUGUAUUAAUAGUUUUUUUAAUUUAAAAAAUAAUGUAUUUUUAGACACAAUCCUAAUAUCAUUAAUUUUUUAAAUAAAAGCUUCUCAUAUUCAUAUCAGGUAAAUAUAAGUACCAUUAAACAAAGAAAAUCAAUUGAAAAACACAUCAAAUAAGCCUUGAGGCAUCGACGCUGCAUCAACAAUUCAGAUUUCUUUGUAUCAUUACAUCAAUAAUUGUUUCAAUCUAUUAAUUUCAUGAUCUGAUAAGACUCAUUUAGAUCAAAGAUGAUAUCAACUUUUACGUUAGGUGAUUUCAGAAUCUUCAGUAGAGGUUGGUUAGAAUUUUCAUUAGCAUCUAAAAUUUUGUCUAAGAGAAGCUUCAUACGCUGUAACUCAGGCUCUUAGAUUACAAAAUCUUCCGAGUCAACUUUUUUGAGGUAAUUAAAUAUUAUAUUAGUGAAACGUUCCACUUGAAGAAAUUUUGGGAUAGGAAUAUAAUCGUAAAACAUUGUCACCUAAAACAUUAACGGUGAGGUUUGUCAGUAACAUUUUGCAGGUGAGGUUUUUUUUUGGAGGGAAAAAAUAGUGUGAUAGAAAGGUGAUUUGACUGCUGUUAAAAAAAUUAACGGUGUUAGGAUUAUGACUAAAAAUACACCACUUAACUAAAUAAAAAGGACUAUUAAUGCUUUAGUUGAAAGAAUAUGUAUUAUUUUGUGUUUAAAACAAAAAUAAUGUAUGAUUUUGGGCCAUUACUCUAAUCCAACUAGUAAACAUGAGAUAUUUAUAGUGUUAGUGAGAAAAGAUACUUCAGUAUUAGCAAUGCAGGUCUUUAGGGAACUCGCAAGGAAGAAACAAUCAUCAUCCUCUGCCUCUGCAGAAACGCUGAAGAAAGAGCAUGAUUAUUAUUUAGAGAAUGGAAGUGCAGUACUAGAGGAGCUUCUUGCUUUAUGCGAUGGAAAUUGCCGAAUUCCCAUCCGUUACUCCACUGCCACUGAGAUAGAAAAAGCAAUAAAGCACCCUGAAAACAAAAUGGAGCUUUCCUAUGGGUAUAUGGUUACAGGAUCACUGGACAAACGCCUCGUUUUCAUUAGGAUUUUCCCCGGAUAUUAUAAAAAUUACUUUUAAUAUUUUUCGAGAUGUAGCAAUUACUGCUCAGAUGAGCCAUCUCAAAAAUGUACUGAGACUUGUCGGUUGCUGUCUAGAAUUCGAAGAACCAGUUAUAGUGUAUGAAUAUGUUGAGGCUAUAAGUCUUUAUUCUUUACUUUUUGAAAAGGGGACAUAUGAUGAUCAAAUUAGAAAAUCAUUACUAUCUUGGGGAAGUAGACUACGUAUAGCCCACCAGGUCGUUUCUGCAGUCGUUUUUCUCCAUACCGAAUUUACUACGCCCGUCAUCCAUCGAGAUCUGAAGCCAUCGAAUGUGAUUGUAGAUCAGAACAGCGGCGUCGCUAAACUAUUGAAUUUCUCAUUAUCUGUAUCAUUGCCCCGGGGAGAAUUGGAAGUAGUAAAAGAUGUUAUGUGCGGAACGUAUGGGUACUUAGCUUCAGAAUAUGCAUCGUCUUGUAUUGUUACUCAAAAAAUAGACGUCUAUAGCUUCGGAGUUGUUCUCCUUCAGCUAUUAACUGGAUGGAAAAUGAGUACUCUACAUUUAAAAGAUCGCAAUAUGGACUACAUAGUGGAUCCUUCGGAUUCAGAUUUUAAGAUGAUGAACAUUGAAGAGAUUCAUGUAAUGGACAUAGCAGAUCCGGCCAUUUUGGAAGAACAUGGAAUUGCGAUUCAACAACAACUGAAAGAUUGCUGGGAUCUUGUUAACAAAUGCACAAAGUCAAGCGGAAAAGAUAGACCAUACAUGAUUGAAGUUGCAAGGGAAUUACACCGAAUUCACAAGUGCUUCCGUGCAUGCCCUUAGUCUUGCCCACAAUUAGUACAAUAAGAUGGCCAAAAAAAAAAAAAAUCAAGUGCACAAGAAUUAAGCUUAGCUUUAUUUGUGCGGUCAUAUUAUGUCGGAUAGUAAAAAAGAUCAGCACAUAAUGAAAUUGUCAAUUUUUUUUUUUAA